CUCCCUCUCUCUCUCUCCCGCUCUCUCUCUUUCUCUCUCACUCCCCCUUUCUUAAAUUGACAUUGGUCUGGCUCGAAACAUGAUAACAGAAAAGCCUUCCUCCGCUCCUCGUUGUCGGGCUGUCCUCGCCGAUCACUUGAAACCGAAAUAAGCAGCGCAAAGAGGAACGGGAUCGCACAGUGUCCUAUCAGCGGCUCCUCAGAGGGAAUAACAAGAGACCUUUAUACCGCACAGCCUAUGUGCUCUUGCGCAUCGUAGACCUUAGAAAGUGCUCGUGUUCAACUCUAGUGAAAGUUAACAUGUAUAUGCACGCUUUGAGACGCGCAAGCCUUGGAUUUGUAGGUUUCUGCCUGGUCGCCUUUGUCCAACAGUCAGCUUCAGGAAGUAAAUCCACUCAAGAUGUGGACGAAUGUGCAGAGGCGCUUGACAACUGCAGCAUCGAUGCAAUCUGUCAGAACACCCUGAAGUCAUACAAAUGUAUCUGCAAGUCAGGCUAUAAAGGGGAUGGAAAACACUGUGAAGAUGUCGACGAGUGUGCAACUGAAUACAACGGUGGCUGCGUCCAUGAGUGCAUAAACAUCCCGGGAAAUUACAGGUGCACAUGCUUUGAUGGCUUCCGCCUGGGACAUGACGGGCACAAUUGUCUAGAUGUGGAUGAGUGCUCAGAUGGUAACGGCGGAUGCCAGCAGAUUUGUGUCAACAUGAUGGGCAGCUACGAGUGCCGCUGCAGAGAAGGAUUCCUCCUGAGUGACAACCAGCAUACCUGCAUCCAAAGACCUAAAGUGCAAUCUGAUGGCGGAAAGGACGGACCCACCUGCAUGGACAAGAAUCACGGCUGUGCUCACAUCUGUAGGGAAUCACAGAAGGGUGGCAUCUCCUGUGAGUGUCGACCUGGAUUCCAGCUCACGCGUAACAUGAAGGACUGCAAAUUGACGUGUAACUACGGUAAUGGAGGUUGCCAGCACAUCUGCGAGGAGACAGACCACGGCCCCAAGUGUUCGUGCCACAUGAAGUUCGUCCUCCACAGUGAUGGAAAGACUUGUGUAGGUGUGCGCGUGCAUGCAGGGGAGAGGAGUGUCCAGUCCCAGGCAGCCCCCGAGCUGUUCCCCAAUGAGACAUGUGCAGUGAACAAUGGCGGCUGCGAUAGCACAUGUCAUGAUUCAGUGACAGGAGUCCGCUGCAGCUGUCCUGUCGGCUUCACUCUGCAGCCGGACCGCAAGACCUGCAAAGACAUUGACGAGUGCCGUCUUAACAAUGGCGGGUGUGAUCAUGUGUGUCGAAACACAGUGGGCAGCUUCGAGUGCAGCUGCAAGAAAGGCUACAAGCUGCUGACCAAUGAGAGAACAUGUCAAGACAUCGACGAGUGCUCUUUUGAUCGCGCCUGUGACCACUUCUGUGUCAACUCUGCCGGCAGUUUCCAGUGCCUCUGUCAUAAAGGCUUCAUCCUCUACGGCCUGGCACACUGCGGAGAUAUUGACGAGUGCAGUAUAAACCAUGGAGGGUGUAAAUAUGGCUGCAUCAACUCUCAGGGGAGCUACGAGUGUACCUGUCCUACGGGACACAAGCUGCACUGGAACAGGAAGGACUGUGUUGAGCUGAUGAAAUGCCAUCUUGGACUGCUGUCACCAAAAGCCACUCUGACCUGUAGCAAGACGGGCAAGAAAGAGAGCUGCUCACUUACCUGUGCCUCUAAGGCUCACUAUCUGGCAGAUUCUGACAGCAGCUACUCAGUGAGUUGUGGUAUCCCCCUCCUCAGAGGGAAGUCUUCUGCCAGGCUCAACUCCAGCAACAGUCAGAGCUGCAUAGAGACUCAGGCCCCUCCAGUGAAGCAGACGGCUUCUUUUAAGAUCAAAAACGCCAAAUGUCACCUUCAUCCGAAGCUUACGGGCAGGACGGAGGACAGAGGACGGACCCUCGGACCAGGAGGGGGGCAGCCCUGCAGCAACUGCCUGGUGACGUUUGUCAACCUGAGGUGUGACUCCUCUAAAAAAACUAAAGGCCGACGGGCUCGAAACCCCUCCAACAAAGAAGUGACGCGCAUCACUUUGGAGCUGGAGGCUGAGGUCAAACCUGGAGACACCACAGGGAGUUGCAAUCUCAGCUGCCUGAGACAGCGCAUGGAGAAGCAGGUGAAGACGUACAUCAAGGCUCUGAAGAAGUCCAUCAACCAGGAGCGCUUCCUGAUCCGAGUCGCUGGUCUGGAGUACGAGGUGGCCCAGAAACUUACACAGGCUUCUCCCACUCACGAGAACUGUGGGCCGGGCUGGGAGAAGGAGAGCGGCCGCUGUGUCAGAUGCUUGUCGGGGUCUUAUUACCACGGGGAGCAGGAGCGCUGCGUUCAGUGUCCGCCCGGCACUUUCCAGGAGAGAGAGGGGCAGCUGGCCUGUGACCUCUGUCCCGGCAGCGACGGCCACGGGCCGGUGGGGGCCCGAAACAUCUCCUCCUGUGCAGGCCAGUGUCCAACGGGCUCCUCCUCCAACGAUGGCUUCAAACCGUGUCAGGCGUGCCCUCUGGGCUCCUACCAGACAGAUUUGGGACGGACCCUGUGCUUCCCCUGUGGGGGGGGACUGGCCACCAAGCGGGAAGGGGCCAGCUCCUUCCAUGAUUGUGAAGUCAAAGUUCAGUGCUCUCCCGGUCAUCACUACAACACCACGGUACACCGCUGUAUCCGCUGCCCGGUAGGGACCUAUCAGACAGAGUUUAGACAGAACUACUGCAUUACCUGUCCCGGGAACACCACCACUGAUUUUGACGGUGCCACAAGUGUGUCGCAGUGCAAGAACAGGCAAUGUGGCGGCGAGAUGGGCGAAUUCAUGGGUUACAUCGAGUCACCUAACUAUCCCGGUAAUUACCCCGCUAAUGUGGAGUGUAUCUGGAACAUUAACCCACCAAGCAAGCGCAAGAUCUUAAUCGUGGUCCCGGAGAUCUUCCUGCCCUCGGAGGAUGAGUGCGGAGAUGUGCUGGUUAUGAGGAAGAACUGGUCUGCUUCAUCCAUCACCACCUACGAGACGUGCCAGACGUACGAGCGGCCGAUCGCCUUCACAGCUCGCUCCAGACGUCUCUGGAUUAACUUCAAGUCCAAUGAGGCUAACAGCGCCAGAGGCUUUCAGAUCCCCUACGUUACUUAUGAUGAGGACUACGAGCAGCUGGUAGAGGACAUAGUGCGAGAUGGAAGACUCUACGCCUCAGAAAACCACCAGGAAAUCCUCAAGGAUAAAAAACUGAUUAAGACUCUUUUUGAUGUGCUGGCUCACCCAAACAACUACUUUAAGUACACCACUCGGGAGUCCAACGAGAUGCUGCCCCGCUCCUUCAUCCGCCUCAUAAGCAGCAAAGUCUCUGCUUUUCUGCGACCAUACAAGUAAAGCUUACACGGCGGCCGAAGCACCGGAUUGUGACCCCCUCCCCCGACGCCCCCCUCCACCUUACAGGCCACAUCCCUCACAGGACUUACUAGUAUGUUUACGCUCUCCUAAUAUCCAUAAGCUUUGAAAAUAAACACUAUGCAGACCUGAGAAAUACUGAGAAUGUGUGUUUUAGAUUUGUUUUCAUUCAGAGGGAUGUAGAGUAUUUCAGAGGGUUUGGUUUCUGUUGUGCAAUGAAACCACACAAAAAAACAAAAGCGCCCAUUUCAGACAGUAGGAGUAAUGUUGUGUGUGCGGUUUGAGCUUGAUAGAGCUUGUUAUUGUAUUUUAAAUGAGCGGUCUGAGUCUCAACUCCUACCAUUAAGUAUGACUGUAAGUGUUGUGUAACCCUAGUUCCAUCUCCAGUGUCUGUGCUGUCCUCGAGGAGGAGAGGUUGUUAAAUUCAUGUCGCAGCUGCGUUCCAGGUCAUUCGAAGCCUUAUUAUAUUUGAGCUCUUAGAGCAGUUUCCAAGGGUUUUACUGUUAAAACAGUUAAUCUGUGUUUUGUUUCGUCUGUCUAGACUGUACCAGUGUUUUCCAACCUUCAGAUUAUUUCUGUUGCUCUUUUUUUUAAAGCAAAUACAAACCGGGGGAUAAUAGUUCCAGGAACAUAGUGGACAUUUGGGAGAUGAAUAACAAACUAAUAAUUGUGAGAGCCACAGAAAUGAGAUAAUGUGAUGUCUAGUGGAACAUGUCUCUGAGAGAGAGAUAAGAGAGAAAUGUCUUUGAGGGACAUUAUGUUUGCUGCUUCUUUUAAAAGGUCACUUUAAUUCUUCAAUCUCAUUGUCUGUCUUUCUGAUGUACUCGACACUAAUAGUCUCUACGUUUAAACUAAAGUUCUUAUACACAGUAAGUUGAUAUUCUCACACUGCCUUUCUGUGGACAACCAGUUUUUAUUUCAAUCUUGUAAAUAAUGAAAAUAGAUUAGACGAGGGUUGAAUUCUUUAAUCCUACAUUUCUUUUGUUACGCAGGACCCCCCAAAUCACUUUUGCCCCACCAGUCUCAAAUCCAAAGACACCAGUACCCUCUCAAACACACUUUGUUCUGUCCCAAUGAAGACAGCUCUUCCAAAGACCGCCCAAAAAGGGUGGGUUUCUUUGUUUUGUGCACUAAAAUCAGAGCCCGCCAUCCUACCUUUUAGUACAAAGUGUAAUGAUAAAAAAACUACACCUUAAAGUUGGUUACACCCUAUUGUGACCCACAACAAAGCUUGUGAAAUGUGUUCUAAGCUGCAUUCCUGCUAAGACUCAUUGUAUGAAAUAUGUAUCCGUCACUGGGGCAGAAAAUGUUUAGGUUCCAACGUGUAACUAAUCUCCUCUUCAGAGGAAUACAAAAAAAGUCUGUUAAGAAGCGUAAUAAUUCAAUAUGAUUUGUUAUGAGAACAGCAACCAAAACAGGGUAAAAUUAUUAGUUUUUUUAGAUCUAACAUUUUGCUUCUUCUUAAGAUCUGCCAAGUAGUUAGGAAUUGUUGCGACAUUUUUGGAAAUACAUUUUUCUUGCUGAGAAUUAGAUGAGAUUGAUACCACUCUUAUCUUAACAUUAAAUGUGAAGUAACAGCCUUCAGAAAGUUAGUAAACCACAAACAAUAGAAACAGUUAGCCUGCCUAUGUCUAAAGGUUACAAAAUCAACCCACCAGCAACUCUAAAGAUCCCAAACCAACAUUCAAAUCUUGUGCUUUUAAUAAGUAAAACUCAAUGUAACUUGCCGACGGUGCAGGGACUUCCUGGAGUCUCUGCUUUUGUUGCCUCUCAACCUUGGUAACUGCAUGAAGGACACUCGGAAAGAAAAUAAAGUAGUAUUUUUCCCCAAAUUUAGGGACUAUUUAAAAAAAAAACUCAUAAUCAGCACCACUGCAGUCAAAUUGGUCCAAACGACUACAUGGUCAGAGUGAUAAUCCCAACCCCUUAAUCCGUACAUUCAGCCCUCUGGAGAUAUGAAAUAGAGUUGACCCUUGCGCUCUUAUCCUGUUUCCUUUUCCAGGGAGUUUUGUUUGGUUCCCACUCAUGUAAAUAAAAAAAGUGAGAUGGUACACUUCCUAUCCUGUACCACACUUUAGGAUGACAAAGGGAUUUUGACCAUUUUGUCAAAUUUGAGGGCGAUGCUGGACGAAACCAUGAUUUAAUGUUGGUUUGUAAUUCCUCCACACAGGCCUCAGUUUAUCUCCAGGUAUUAGACUCACCCCCGCCCCAAACCAGAAUCAGCUAAUUUCCUGCAACCUGAUACUUUUUUGUUUGUAUUGUUGCCUUUUAACGAGAGUUUGCUAUGAUGUAUCAUAGAGUUGAUAAUGAUAUUUGCACUUGAAUUGUUAUUGCUCAUGUAAAGAAAUGUCUGGAUUUUGUAUUGUCUUUUUAAAUGAAUGGAAUUGGUGUUCUUAUUUUCUUGUAGCUUGUUUGUUCAUGAAAUGCUCACUCACCGUUUAGUCUAUAGAGAUGAUACACAUAACAUUAUCAACUGUUAAAGAAAAAAAACUAUGUACAGGAGGUGAAUGAAACAAGUUUGUACUUGUCGCUGCCCAAAACACUUAUUGAAAUAAACAUACUGUACUUCA